CGAUUUACGGGAAAAUAACUCCUUACCAGCUCUCCUUUAAAUGUUGACUUCCUGGAGUUAGGUUUCGUUUCACUUUUCUUUUAACCAAGCUAUAGCCUACCUUUGAUCUCGUCCAGAAGUUUAACUUCAUUUAUGAGGUAGAACAAGAGAGUGGAGAAAAUUGGUUGACUUGUUCAGCAGAUAUUUUCAAAGAAAAUGGCAGCGCCCAAAGGGCCCAAUGUAAACACAUUAAAAGAGGCGGAAGGCUUGGCGCAGGUCCUGAGCGAGGUCCUCAGCAGCGGGGACAAGCAGGAGGCGGCGCUGCUCGCCGAGAAGCUUGCCUCCCUCCACGUCCCCGUUUCGGUGCGAAUCUGCCCGGAGGCCUAUGCCAAGGACACGAUACAGCUGAAGGUGGGGUUAGAGGAUGCCCAGACUGUCAACUCUGCUCCCAUCACCAUGUCCGUAACACCGGGCAUGACCAUCUCAGCUCUGAAGAAUGAGGUGAACACCAGGUUCGGAUUCCACCCGCGUCUGCAGACCUGGGUGAUCGGGAAGCGCAUGGCCCAGGACAAGGACACGCUGUGCUGCCACGGCGUGAAGCAGGACGGGGACCAGGCCUUCCUCUACAUCCGCUCAGCGCAAGCGGCCCAGCUGACUCGCGAGCAGCACAAGCUGGACGCGGAGAACCUCCGCUUGGAAGGUAUUAUUGAGACCAUGGACAAGCACCUGGAGCCGAGAGGUGCAGGGCCGGGCAGGGCUAGAGAGCCAGUGAACCCCCCACUGACAGCGUUCCCCAAACCUAAAGGUCCACCCGCCCCACCGCCAAAGCCACAGUUGGGCUGGUCGUGUCCCGUGUGCACGUUCGUGAACAAGCCGACGAGGCCAGGGUGUGAGAUGUGUGGCUCGGAGAGACCAGCGAACUACCAGAUUCCAGACCUGUACCAGCCGGACGAGGAGGAGGUCCUCCGCAUCAAGCAGGAGGAGUUUGCCCUCAUGCAGUACCAGCAGGCCCUGGAGGAUCAGAGGCAGAAGAAUUUUCAGAACCUGCUGCAGACGGACGAGCACAGUCUGGUGCCCAACGACACAGAGCUGGAGUGCCCCGUCUGCUUCAUCCCGAUCUUACCAGGAGAGGGCGCCAUACUCCGUGAGUGCCUGCACACCUUCUGCAGGGAUUGUCUGAAAGGAACCAUAACCAACAGCAUGGAUGCAGAGGUGACCUGCCCUUUUGGGGACGAUACCUACUCCUGUGACUGCAAGCUGCAGGACCGAGAAAUCCGCUCUGUGCUCUCCCCGGAGGAGUACCAGAAGUUUCUGGAACUGAGGCUGAGCAUCGCCGAGACGCGGAGCGAGAACAGCUUCCACUGCAAGACGCCCAACUGCCAGGGCUGGUGCAUCUACGAGGACGAGGUCAACGAGUUCGUGUGCCAGCUCUGCAACAAGACCAACUGCAUCCUCUGCAAGGCCAUUCACGACGGCAUGAACUGCAAGGAGUACCAGGACGACCUGCGCAUCAGAGCGGAGAACGACAUCGCCGCUAAGCAGACUGCAGACAUGCUCAAUGCCAUGCUGACCUCAGGAGAGGCCAUGCACUGCCCCAAGUGCAAGAUCAUAGUGCAGAAGAAGGACGGAUGUGACUGGAUCUGCUGCGUGAUGUGCAAGACGGAGAUGUGCUGGGUCACCCGCCAAGCUCGCUGGGGUCCCCAGGGCCGUGGAGACACAUCAGGGGGCUGCAGGUGCAGAGUGAACGGACCCUGUCACCCUAACUGCCAAAACUGCCACUGAGGGCAUUCCUCCCCUCCACCCAUCCUCCUCAUCUCUACCUCCUCCCCUCCACCCAUCCUCCUCAUCUCCACCUCAUCACCUCCACCCAUCCUCCUCGUCUCCACCCAUCCUCAUCUCUACCCCCUCCUCACCUCUAUCCCUUCAUUUGCACUCUCCUAAUCUCCACCUCCUCAUCUCCACCCAUCCUCAUCUCUACCCCCUCCUCACCCCUACCCCUUCAUUUUUACUCUCCUAAUCUCCACCUCCUCACCUCUACCCCCUCGUCACCUACACCCAUCCUCCUCAUCUCUACCCCCUUCUCACCUCUACCCCUUCAUUUUUGCACUCCUGAUCUCCACCUUUUUGCCUGUACCCCCUUUACCUCCUCCUCAUUUUCGCUCUCUUCAUCUCCACCCAUCCUCCUCCUCCUGGGGUGGUCCGAUUGCUGCUUUACUCUUCGUAGCAUGGAAGAAUGGCGUUCCACGUCUGGGAAAAAGAAGAGUUUGUACUGUUUAACUUGCUUUGGUGAAGGUAGAUUGCAUUGACACUCCAGUUAUAUAGAAAAUGAAGGAAGUCUCAGUGUGCUUAUAAAGCAUUGUACAGUUUCUGACGAGGUUGGUAUGUACUUUAUUUGAUUCGAUGUAGCACUUUCCAGUUUUUAAAAGAAAAAUUACAGGCAAUGUUGUGAAUAUGGGGUGAACUUAUACCAUGGCGUUCCAAAAAGCAGCUCUUUGCUAAAUGAACAUUACACAUAAGCAAAAUAGUGGCAGCGUAGGGUGCUUGUCAGGUGGAGGAAUGGAUAUAAAUUGUACUGCAUAGACAAGAGACAAGCCAACUAGCAGAUACUUAGGCACUGUUAAACAAUGCAAAGUGGAACAAUUAAUAGCAACAGAAACAGAUGGGAAAAUGGAGGAUUGCAGCCAUGCACUUUGACCGAUCUGGUCAAAAUGUACUAGUGCUGUUCUCUUACCCUUCUCCAAAGCAUUCGCUGUUAUCAUUUAAAAUCACAGCCAUAAGAUUCAUGCUUCGGUAUUAAACCAUCCAAUACACGUUUACAAGGCAUGUUCUCACACACCAUUACCUGAGUUCAAUGGCAACCUGGAAUACAGUAAAUACUCUUUUGUACUAGCCUGGAGUACAAACUGCCAGGAAUUACUAGAAGAUCUUUAUUUCCAUUUAUUUUUGCUUUGUGAAUAUUAAUACUGGAUGAUAUUAAGUUUGGUUUAUCAACGUGUGUUUAAUACAGCGUGAUAACUAUGAAGAAAGAAAUCAGUUGACAAAUUGCAUUCAAUUCUAGUUUAGUUGUAUACUUGGAUAUAUAGACCUACUCAAGGGGGAGAUUUAAUCGAACAAAUUAAGUGUGAAGUGUUUCCUGAACAACUUCAGUUU